ACUAUUUGCAAAAUUGAAGGAUGAACAGGCCAUCUCUCUGGGUACUUUCAGUUCUGAAAUUCGGCAACCAUCUAAAACGGAAGGUUUUAAAAAGUCUUGAUCUGUAGUUUGAAAGGUUCUACAUAAAAGUGCUCACAAUAUGCACCUUUAUUACAAUACAUUUGGGAAAAACAUCUAGGUAGUUACAUUUAGGAUGAUAUUAUGCAAUUUAUUAUCUGAACAAAUACAUUCAAAAUGUGUUUCAAUUUUUUUUUUUAUCUCUAACGUCCAGUAAGAUCUUAAGAAUACGUACAGUUCAACGACAUUUUACAUUUGUAUAAGCCCUGAUUACCACACUCAGAUCAAGGUAGAGAACAUUUUCAGCAUCCCAAAGGUCUCCUUUUACAGUCAGUAAACAACUUCUCCCUCCCCAAGGCAACCACUAUUGACUUCUGUCACCACUGCACUUUUCAUCUGGACAGUUAAAUGCCCAUUGAACAGAUGCUUGAGACCUGCAAGUGAUCUUCUGAUCAUAGCACAAGAACGCUAAGUCCUGUCCUUCGUGUGGAGGUGUGAUAGCCAGUGUGCUGUGGAAAUGAACGGGGAACAGCAGCUCGAUGCAGAUGCUGGAUCUGGUGUGGAAGAAGUGGAAUUAAGCUGGGAAGAUUAUCUAGAAGAGACAGGGUCCACAGCUGUUCCCUAUGGAUCUUUUAAACAUGUGGACACACGUUUGCAAAAUGGCUUUGCUCCUGGGAUGAAACUGGAGGUGGUUGUGAAAACGGAUCCUGAAACCUACUGGGUUGCCACCAUCAUUACCACCUGUGAGCAAUUGCUGCUCCUCCGCUAUGAUGGCUAUGGAGAGGACCGAACAGCGGACUUCUGGUGUGACAUCAGGAAGGCUGACCUCUACCCCAUUGGGUGGUGUGAGCAGAAUCAGAAGACCCUUGAAGCCCCAGAAGGCCUCAGAGAUAAAGUGUCUGAUUGGGAUGAGUUUCUGCAGCAGACCCUGAUGGGAGCAUGUAGUCCUCCUGUUCCACUGCUAGAGGGCCUCCGUAAUGGAAGGAAUCCUUUAGAUCUCAUUGCUCCAGGUUCCAGAUUAGAAUGUCAAGCUUUCCGGGAUUCUUUAAGCACUUGGAUUGUUACUGUAGUAGAAAACAUUGGGGGAAGGCUGAAGCUGCGCUAUGAAGGACUGGAACAUUCUGACAAUUUUGAGCAUUGGUUGUAUUAUUUGGAUCCGUUUCUUCAUCAUGUUGGUUGGGCUGCUCAACAAGGAUAUGAACUUCAGCCCCCAUUAGCCAUCAGACAUCUGAAAAAUGAAAUUGAGUGGCAAGAGAUCUUGGCCAAAGUGAAAGAGGAGGAGGAAGAGCCAUUACCAUCUUACUUAUUUAAGGAUAAACAAGUGAUUAGCACUCAUUCAUUCUCUGUAAAUAUGAAAUUGGAAGCUGUGGACCCCUGGUCUCCUUUUGGGAUCUCUCCUGCUACAAUUGUUAAGGUUUUUGAUGAGAAGUACUUUCUGGUGGAAAUGGAUGACUUACGACCAGAGAAUCAUGCCCGGCGAUCUUUUGUGUGUCAUGUCGACAGUCCUGGUAUUUUUCCCGUGCAGUGGAGUCUCAAGAAUGGUUUACACAUCAGCCCGCCUCCUGGCUACCCCAGCCAGGACUUUGAUUGGGCUGACUACCUCAAACAGUGUGGUGCUGAAGCUGCUCCUCAGAGGUGCUUCCCUCCGUCAAUUUUUGAGCAUGAAUUUAAGGAAAACAUGAAACUUGAGGCAGUGAACCCUCUUCUCCCUGAAGAAGUGUGUGUUGCUACCAUUACUGCAGUGAGAGGCUCCUAUCUAUGGCUCCAGCUAGAGGGUUCUAAGAAGCCCAUACCUGAAUGUAUUGUGAGUGUGGAGUCCAUGGACAUAUUUCCUUUGGGUUGGUGUGAAACCAACGGCCACCCCCUCAGCGCUCCUCGGCGAGCACGCGUACACAAACAGAGGAAAAUUGCAGUGGUUCAACCAGAAAAACAAAUACCAUCUUCAAGGACUCUCCAUGAGGGCCUGAAGAAUCAGGAGCUGAACUCCGCAGACUCAGUUAUGAUUAAUGGAAAAUAUUGCUGUCCAAAGAUAUACUUCAACCACCGUUGUUUCUCAGGGCCAUAUCUUAACAAAGGCAGAAUUGCUGAGCUUCCUCAAUGUGUAGGACCUGGAAACUGUGUCCUAGUCCUCAGAGAGGUCCUCACUUUACUUAUCAAUGCAGCCUAUAAACCCAGUCGAGUCCUUCGGGAACUGCAGCUGGACAAAGACUCUGUAUGGCAUGGAUGUGGGGAAGUCCUUAAAGCCAAAUACAAAGGAAAGAGUUAUCGCGCUACUGUUGAAAUAGUGAAAACAGCAGAUCGGGUAACUGAAUUCUGCCGGCAGACCUGUAUCAAACUGGAGUGCUGUCCUAAUCUUUUCGGUCCACGGAUGGUUCUGGAUAAAUGUUCUGAGAACUGUUCUGUACUUACAAAGACCAAAUAUACACACUAUUAUGGAAAGAAGAAAAAUAAAAGAAUUGGGAGGCCACCUGGUGGGCACAGUAAUUUAGCCUGUGCCCUGAAAAAAGCCAGUAAAAGGAGAAAGAGGAGGAAAAAUGUUUUUGUUCAUAAGAAGAAACGCUCUUCUGCAUCUGUUGAUAAUACUCCAGCAGGAUCUCCCCAGGGAAGUGGGGGUGAAGAGGAGGAUGACCCAGAUGAAGGGGAUGACGACUCCCUAAGUGAGGGCAGUACAUCUGAGCAGCAAGAUGAGCUGCAGGAGGAGUCAGAAAUGUCAGAAAAAAAGUCAUGCUCCUCCUCUCCCACCCAAAGUGAGAUAUCUACAUCGCUGCCUCCAGAUAGACAAAGGAGAAAAAGAGAGCUUCGUACUUUUUCAUUUUCUGAUGAUGAAAAUAAACCUCCUUCACCAAAGGAAAUAAGGAUUGAAGUUGCUGAAAGGCUUCAUCUGGACAGUAACCCCCUGAAGUGGAGUGUGGCAGAUGUUGUGCGGUUCAUCAGAUCAACUGAUUGUGCUCCUUUAGCAAGAAUAUUCUUAGACCAGGAAAUUGAUGGGCAGGCCCUGUUGCUCCUUACCCUUCCCACUGUUCAAGAGUGCAUGGACUUAAAAUUGGGCCCUGCCAUCAAACUUUGCCACCACAUAGAGAGGAUCAAGUUUGCUUUUUAUGAGCAGUUUGCCAACUAAGGAGAACAACCAAAGUGAGCUGUGUCUUUGAAGCACAAAUGCAGCAAAUCCUUCACCUGCUCUACAAGUGGAGCUGAAAUAGUCCUGGGGCUCUGGGCCCAAUGGGUGUCGGCUUGCUCUCUUUGCACUUUCAGGGAAGGAGGAUCCACACUGAGGAAGCAAAAUCUGCACAGAAGUGGCUCUCCUGCCAGUGAACAUGCGGGCAUCUCUUGUUCAGCAGAUUGCCAUUAAAAAAAAAAAAAAAGAAAAAAAAAAAAAGGUUGUGAAGAAAGGACUCUACGUAAGAAGAAUAAGGAUUUCCUUUGGUGUGGCCUGAAAAGAAGGAAUAAUCUAGGCUGUUGGAAAGAACCCUUUUGGUUUUCUUUUUAUUCUGUUCCUUCCCAUUGUAGAUUGAACUUUGUUCUGUGCUUUCUCUUUCUUAGAAAGAGAGGACCUAGCUUUAAGUCAGCACUGAUUUGGGACAGUGCCUAAGGCACAUCAGUGCUGCUUUGUCAUUGUGUUUUUAAGCUUUCUUAAAUUAAAACAGUUCAUUUGGGGGAUGA